UGAGUCUCUUUAGUGCCCACAUUACACGUCAGUUACUGCGAAAUAACACCUGCUAUACCGGUUAUAAUAUUUCACUGUUCUUCACAGUAUUUUGGAUUAAGUAAAUGCAGUCUUGGUGAGGAGAAGAAAAAAUCUUGCCAGCCCCAAACCUUUGACUCGUGAACGUUCAGACUGACAUCUGCUUUGUCUUUGGGGAAUGAUGAUGGACGUGUGUUUGCAGGUGUUAUUUCGCAGUAACUGACGUGUAAUGUGGGCACUAAAGAGACUCAUGUGAGACUGAAGCAUCGCUGUGGAGACUCAGACAUAAGCCUGUGUUGAUGAUCUCCUGAGACUCAUUAAGUGAAUCAGCACAAACACAGUAACGAAGCUGAGGAUCCGUCUCAUCUAGAGCUCGUAUCUCAACGCUGCUUGAAGGAUGGCUGUGGAUUUCAGUGGAAGCUGGAAACUGUAUGAACAGGAGAACGCAGAGGAGUUUCUCCGAGCCGUCUCGGCUCCAGAGAUUUACAUUAAAAUGAUGAAUGAAGUCAAACCUCUGACCACCAUCCGACAAAACGGAGACGAAUUCAGCAUCUGUGUGAAAACUCCGCUGAGAACCAACACGAACACCUUCACCAUCGGCGCCGAGAGCGAGUUCAGCACCAUGGACGGACAGAAGAUCAAGGUGAUUCAUUCAAACGAGUCACCAAAGAGGAUUCGAACAUGUGAUUCAUUCGAUCCGCGGUUACCGCAACAAAACCACUGUAACUCGAUUGGGCUAUCACAAAAAAACACUGCAGCUCAAUGUGUAAUGUCUAAACGAAAAAGAGUCGGAAUUGACCCCAGCUAAUGAGUGUGUAAACGAGCUGUUGGAGGUUAUUAAAAACACUGCGCGUGAGUCACGUGAUCUGUGCGCGCGCGUUAUAUAGGUAGUGAUGUAUUCAUAUAUAAGCUGAUUAUGGUGUGUCGCGAUCUUUUAUAAGCAGCAGUUUGAGUCGUUUGUGUUUCAGGCCACAUCUCGACUCAUCGAUGGAAAGAUCGUGAUCGAAUCCGAGAAACUCACGCUCGUGAGAGAGAUCCGGGGCGAGGAGAUG